AUACAGACAGCAUGGCACUCUUUACCCUACCCUGCUGAGGAAGCAGCUCGACCAGUUUUAGUGUAUGAUCUAGACAAACACAGACACACCCUUACCUCAGCCACGUGCUUCUCCACACAGCUCAGGUAAAGCAACCUACAGAGAGGCAGGGGCGGCCUGUAGAGACACGUCCCACACAGGGAGGGCUCGGGGAAUCCACACACACACACACACACACACACAUGAGGAUGAGCCCUUUCUGCUCACACUGAAAACCUGACUGCACUGGAUUCUUCAGGUAAGGUUGCCAUUAAAGCACAGAUAUGGAUGGAGUUCUGGAGGCCGCUGUCGCUCUGUGUGGAUGUAAAGUGGUGUGUAGUUUUCUCUGCCUGCCUGCUUUCAGUCGCUCCAUCUCCUCCGUCAGCCUCUGCUGCUGCUGCCUCUUACUCUUCACAGAUCUCUCCAUCACUGUGUUCAUGUCCUAUCUUUGGUGCGCUGCACCCAACCCACUGUCCUUCCACCCAUCUUCAGACACCAUCGCUCUACGCUUCUUGCUAUUCCUCAGCAAAACCUAUGAGGCGGUACUCAUCCUCACGCCAAUUCUAGUGGCCGUGGAGGUGAUACUCUGGCUUCUGUGGCAUCAGGAGGCAACAAUGUCUGAGAACACCAUUGGAGAGAUUGUGAAGAAGAAGAACAAGCACAGUGAGAUGGAUCCAUUAGUGUUGCUUAUGGAUGCUGAGGAAAAAGCGUUGGAGAUGGAACCAGUACAGCGCGAAAAGAGAAUCACGCAAGAGAAUCGAGGAAUGUUCUUCACAUUCUUGAAGGUUGUGAGCUUUUUUGGUUGUCUUCUACUGUGGUGUAUAAGUGGAACCUAUGCUGGAUCCAGUUGGAAGCAGGAUCAACCAAUGGUCAAAGAGUGCCUGGAAAAGGGCGGGUCUUUGUCAGCCUGCCUCCCAUGCUUGCUGACUGCCUCCUCGCCAAUCGGUGGUCAACUUCUUUGGCUGCUAGCCGCCAUAUUGGUUGUUUUGGGGUUGAUCCAAGGUCUGAAAGGUUUGCAUUUUUCAAGGCCAGUCCAGUUCCUAGAGCUGAUUUUCCACACAAAUCAGCAGGAAAUGUCUCAAAAGACAGUUUCUGUUUCUGGGUUGCAUUUACAAAUGUUUUUUAAAUGGGUUAAAGAGUAUAAAGGUAGCGAAAGUAAUAGAAAUCAGCAAAAACAAUGGAAUUUCGUACUUGACUUGACAACAGAGCACAAGGACGGUGUUGACUCAGCUGCUCAGGGUCUGCAACUGGAAUACAAUGGGCCACCACUGGCCAAUGGAAACCCAAGGCCAUUAUGUGGCCAAACAGGUUUGACUGGUGGUUGUAAAUUACAAAGCGGAGACGUCCUGCCCGCCUCACAGCAACAGUCUGCAGCAGAACUUCCCCUUACGGGCACUGAUGUACUGGGAAACACAGGACCGGCCCUGAACCCCAACGAGACGAGACACUGGAAGCCUCAGUGGGAAAGUCCCUGCCUGAGUGGAGGUCUAAUGACAGGACUAGUGUGUGGUUUGCUGGUGUGUGUUUUUCCUACAGUUCUCAGCACCAACAUACUACUCGUCAGAAGCCUGGACAUGCUGGUGGUGUGUGUUGUGAAACAUUUGCUAAUUGCUAACCACAGUAAAUAACUGUAAAGGGACUUGGCGGGAUGUGCGUUCCCACAGGACUUAUCAGCGUGUGAAAAGUGUUGAGAUCAUUGAAAUGUGAGUGCUAAACUUUCACUGAGCAAUCUCACACUGAUGGUUAACUUUGGGAGACUGAGUAGUCCAGUGGUCUAAAGUGUUGCCACUAUGAUUGGGAGAUCGCUGGUUGGAAUCCUGGUCAUGUAGCUUGCCAUUAGCUGCCGGAGCCCUGAGAGAGUACAAUUGGCCUUGCUCUCUCUGGAUGGGUACAGUAGAUGGCGCUCUCUUUUUCCCCUCAUCACUCCUAGGGUGAUGUCGAUCAGCACAAGGCGCCUGUCAGCUCAGAGUCGCGGCGAUUUCCUCCAAAAGAGCCGGAGUCUGACUUCACGUGUGUCGGAGGAGGCAUGUUUUUUGGUAUCAGUAGUAAUAGGGGGGGAUAUACAGCAGACUAGCAACUGAAUGGGUGGGACACUUGGCCUAGCUAAAUUUGGAGAAAAUGGGGAAAAAAAAAAAUAAUAAAAUACGUUGGUUAACUUCAUUAAUGCAUUUGUGUUCAUCAUCAUUUUUUUCUAAGUUUAUUCCACUUUCUCCUUAAUUUGGAAGCCCAAUUACAUAGGGUUGCCAUCCUGUCCUGUUAAAUAAAGAACCAAUUUGUUCUAUAAAAUAUA